AUGUAGGAAGACUUGAAUUCAAGCCUUGAUUCUUUGGAAUUAGAAUUAUAUCAUAAACCAAAUAAAAAAAUAUAGUCGAUUCUAACUUACCUAAGAUAAUAAAAGAUUUAAUUUUGCACAGACCCGAAAAAGAAGUAGGAAAUUUAUUAUUCGAAAACUGAUAAAGAAGAUGAUAACAAAGAUUUUGGAUUAUUUAAAAACAGAUUUUUUAAAAGAAAUUCUUAGGCUUCACCAAUUUUUCUAGAAAUCAAAUUAUCAUGA